AUGGCGUUGUGGGAAUUAGGUAAUUAUGUGAGUGAUGAGACAAUGGCGAUCUUUGGUCCAGUCGUAGUUUACUGGUUAUACGCUGGCUUCUACCAAAUUGUUCUGUCUUCUUCAAAUCUUCUGGAUGAGUACCGUUUGCAUACGAGGGAGGAAUCGGCAAAGAAGACCCUGGUGCCAAUUUCAAGGGUGAUUAAGGGUGUUCUAGCUCAGCAGUGUCUGCAAAUGACAAUUGCGUAUCUCUAUUACUUCGGGUUAAAAUCUGAUGGAUCUGCAUCGAAAGCGACGAGGAUCAUCGUCGUCCAACCCUCCAUUCCCAUCAAGAUCCUACAGAUCCUCAUUGCGAUGUUCGUAAUGGACACGUGGCAGUACUUUGGUCAUCGUUACAUGCACCACAACAAGUUCUUGUUCCGCCAUGUCCAUCAGCAACACCACAUCUUCGUCGUGCCUCAUGCCAUUGGAGCGCUCUACAACCAUCCCGUCGAGUCUCUGUUGCUCGACACGCUAGGAGGCGUAGUCGCUCUGCCAAUCUCUGGAAUGACUCCAAGGACGGAGGCCAUCUUCUUCUGCUUCGCCACGUUGAAAGCUGUGGAUGAUCACUGUGGGAUUUGGUUCCCUAGAGGCAAUCUCAUCCAGCGGGUUUUUACCAACAGUUGUGCCUACCACGAUGUUCACCAUCAAGUACGUGGUGUGAAGUACAAUUUUUCUCAGCCGUUUUUUCCAUUUUGGGACAAGGUUUUGGGGACUCAUAUGCCUCAUGUUGUUUUGAGCCGCCCCGAAGGAGGAUACGAGGCGAAGAUGGUUAAAGACUUAGCAAACUGCAGCUAG